AUGGGGAUAGAUAAAGACAGGUUGGUUAAUGGUAAGGAGAGAAGGAAGCACGAAAAGGGGAGAGGCUAUGGGGCUUUUCAGGAAAGAGAAUACCCUUUUUUAAGGUAUGUCUUUGGGAUUCAACCACUGUUCCUAGUUCUGAUGCCAGAUGUGUCCUCUGCUUGUAACAAGACAGCUAUACAGAGAAAUUAUCUGUUUGUUCUAAGUCACCACCUUGAACUACUGGUCAGGGAAUCUGAAUGCCUUGAUGGUGAAUGUGGGCAGAAUAACACUGAAGAAUUAAACUGCACUACUACCAAGAAAAUACAUAGUAUGGCAUGCCAACUCAAUAAUCUAUCCACCUGUGCCAUCAGCACUGAUUUAAAAGACCACAUGAAACGUGUUUAUAACCACACAUUCAGCUUGAUAAAGGCAUGCAUCAAGGACAAACAAAAAAGGUGUCCUCAAAAGACAGAUCCUUGCCAAAGAUCAAAUUCUACAGUCUUACGUCGCAUAAAGAAAACCAUCUCCAAGUUUAAGUCAUGCUGGUUACAGUAUCUAAGGUCUUAG